AUGGUUAUAAAAGUAAAGAUUUUGCACAGUUUUAGGGAAUAAUUGUUUUAUUCGUAUUGAAUUCGCUUUUAAAUAUGGAUAUAUGCUUGAAAAUGAAUUAAUACGUAUAAUAAAUUGCAAACGUAAAAAAAAAAAAUUGUGUCACAGAUUCAUACAAAAAAUAUUUGCAAGUGACGCACGCGUGUUAGGUCCUGUGUAAUGCUGCGCUGUCACUCGUGUACCUAUCUGAGCAUGUCGUUUAUAUCAUAACUAAAGGUAUUCUAGGUAUCAUCUAGCCCAGACUUUAGCUCUAUCGAUUAAUCCUGUCUGGACGCCCGGCCAGAGCUAACAUCGGCGCAGUUCCUUGCCAGCAAUGCCACCGCCCGUCAAAGGGAAGCCACCGACAAAAGGCGCAAAACGAAUACUCGUGGAAAAUGUAUCGACGAUUAAUUUCUACCGCAAUAUGGCAAUGGCUGCUACAGGGGUGUACUGCAUUCUCACGCCAACCUUCUAUUCGGACAACUUAAGUUCAUCAAUAAUUUUCAUAAACGUACUAGUGAUGUGCGGCUACAUUGCAUGUUAUCGAAUGAUGAAGUAUAUUAGUCGCCCACACUAUACUGCUGACAAUCAACUAAUCGAUCCAGGUCUGGAUUUGAACAUGGAAGGAGGAAUUGGAGAACAUAUCAAGGAUAUUGUCAUCUUGUUGUCUCUGACACACAUUUUGGCAAUAGUAACAAAUUAUUUCUGGUGCCUACUCCUGGCUCUCCCGCUGCGGGCGGGUUGGCUGUUGUGGACUAACAUCCUGGGGCCCUGGUUCUUCCAGCCAGCCCCAGAGGAGACCGAACAAGACGAAAAAAAGAAGAAAAAGAAAAUGAAGCGGAUGUAGGGAAGGGCCCAUAUACGUACAAAGUUACGUGUAUGCUGAGGGUAAGCGCAUAGAAUACGGAACAGAAAUUUUUUUUUAUUUUAGUGACUUUUUUUUAUAUAAAUUACCUAGUUAUUAUAAUUUAUGAUACUAUUUACAUUUUAGUCAGAUAAAUUAAAUUUAGUAUACAUUUUAGAUUUACAUCGAAAUUAUUAUUCAAGGCAAAUGAAAUUUCCGUAUACAGUUAUUGUGAUUAAAUAAUUUAUAUUAAACUUAUUUAAAAUAUUGGUAAUAACAUUUUUAAACUUAUAUAAUUGACUCGUAAGUUUUAGCAUUGGAUUUUAAAACAACUGGUAUUUUUUUAACCGUCACUAUAUGAAAACAUUUUAAAAUAUUUAUUAUGUAGUAUUUUUACAAAUGGUUCUGUUUCGAUAACAAAAAUUGUGUAAUAAUGUUCUACAAAAACUGUUUAUUUCUAUUAACAAUGUUCAUUACCAAAGUUUUACAAGACUUCAGUAACAAUAUAACUUAAUUUCUGAAACUUUUGUUAAUGUAAUAUAUAGUAUAUGUGUAUGUAAAACUGAAAUAUUUUUUAUAUUAAUUGUAAAACUACUAUCGGACUGACUGCUCAGAUGUAAGACACUGGCAACAAAUCGACUGUGGUUCUCUAUAAAUCUUUAGUAUAUUUUAUUCGAAACCAUAACAUAGAAAUUUUCGUACAUUUAAAGCAUAACCAUUUUUGUCGUUAAACCAUUAUUUCACAGUAAGCGAUGAUGUUCAGGUAUGUAAUAGAUUUAUUUCUAUCCAAUGAAUAUUAAUUCAGAUAGGAGAGCAAUGUUAAUCAUGAAAUUGUCAUUUUAAUAUAUUGUUUCGAUAUAAGAUCAAUGAAUCGUAAUAGACGACUAUGAUCAAUUUCCAAUGCCAUUUUUAUCGUUUUCAUCCGCCAAAUGGUUUACUUUGUGAGCUGUGUUUCGGAUGAAGGGUGAUUAAUGGCAUUGGUGGGAUACGGAGACACUGAUUAAGUCAUUGGGGAUGAGAACACAUGAGCCGUACCAUGCGCUACGUACGAUCUGCCCGUGGUACUGUUAAUGUAACAGGCGACGUCCCUGACUCACCGGCCGGUGGUCAGUUUGUUUGAGGCCCUCAGCUGCGGUCGUCAGCCUGUUUAUCCCUAAGUAAUUAAAAAAAAAAUUGCUAAUUAGAUCUAAGUGUCUCACGGUCGCACUCAGAGACGUUACUUAAAUUAUCGCUAUUGAAUAUGUAGUAUCAUUAAAUCUGACACAGACAAAUUUAAUCAUUAAUUGGCAAAUGACAACUUUAAUGCAGAACAGGACUUCCCUAUGAGCUGCAGUUCGAUAAAGUAGUAUAAAUUAUUCGAAAACAGAUACGACAUUCAAGUUUAAAUGUUCUGGAAGUUUAAUAAUUAUUUUGAAAAAUUAUCAAAUGCACUACUAAAUAUGUUUUUGAAUAUAAAAAGAAAGAAAAAUAGCCAUCUUUAUUAUAAUAAAAUAUAAUGAGCAUUUAUAUUUCUAGUCGUGAAUACUGUGCAUGAAUUUUUGUUGUCAAAUUUGUCAACCACAUGAAUUACACCUUAUAGGUUUCUUUAAAACGAAUGAUAGAUUCAAUAUAUUUUUCACUUAUCAGAGUCGCAAGUCUGUAGCUAUAUAUUAAAAUAUAGUUUUAGAAUUUUACAAUUAACUUAUAAAAAAGUAAAUGACGAGGUUCAAUGCAAAAUAACCUGAAAAUGUGCGUAAAUAACCGUUGGUUUAUCAUUAAAUUUGUCAUUAUCUGUCACUAAUUAACCAUUAGCUGUCUCUGAGUAGGAUAGUUUUGACAACUACACUAAGGAGUUGCUUAAGUAACCAUUUAACGUCUCUGACUGCGACCUUUAGUUAUAAGUAUAUGUAUAACAUUUUUAACUUUUCAAUUAUUCGAAAAUACUGUUUAAAAUUGUUUAUUUGUUUUUGAAAAUUUGGUAAUUGGUUUUAAAAAUAUAUUAUACUUUUUUUUUA